CUGAAAAUGACCUCUAUGGAGGAACAACACUCUCGAUGCAACACAUCACCCAUGUGGACCAGCAGGAUGAAGGAUUUUUCAAGGAUCCAGAUAAAGAGGAAGAUGAAGAUUACCUCUACUGUGAGGAGUGCAAAUCAUUCUUCACCAACAAGUGUGAGGUCCAUGGUCCAGCUCUCUUCAUCUCUGAUACCCCUGUUCCUGUGGGGGCUGCUGACCGAGCCAGACAAACCCUCCCACCUGGUUUGGAGAUAUGGGAGUCCAGUAUUACUGAUGCAGGUUUGGGAGUGUUCAAUAAUGGGGAGACAGUUCCAGUCGGGGUGCACUUUGGACCCUACGAGGGAGAAGUUGUAGACAGAGAGGAAGCCAUGAGCAGUGGAUAUUCUUGGGUGAUCUACAAGAGCAAGCAGUGUGAGGAAUACAUAGAUGCCACGAGGGAGACGCAUUCCAACUGGAUGAGGUAUGUGAAUUGUGCUCGUAAUAAUGAAGAGCAUAAUCUGGUAGUGCUUCAGUAUCAAGGGAGGAUUUUCUACCGUUGCUGUCGACCCAUUACACCAGCACAGGAACUUUUGGUGUGGUAUGAAGAGAGACACUCUAAAGAUCUCAGCACUACGUUUCACUGUCUGUGGAACAAAAAGUCUUCAGCAGAAGGUAAUGUCCAAUCAUCAGAAACAAAGGGGUACUCCUGCUCCCUGUGUGUUUUCUCCUAUACAUCUCAACUUUACCUCCACAAACACAUCAAGAGCCGCCACCAUAACGAAUAUGUAAGACUUCUGAAAUCAGGAGAGAUUAAAUAUGAGAACCUGAUGCCCACAAGUAGCUCCUGUGAUCAGGACACGUUUUCUGCUUCUCUCAGCAACAACUCCUUUCCUCGACGAACCAAGAAAGAAAUUCAUCACUGCUCUCAUUGCGGGAAGAGUUUUAUUCAAAAAGGUACUCUCCAAGUCCAUCAGCGCAUUCAUACAGGAGAGAAACCGUACCACUGCUCGACGUGUGGGAAGAGCUUUACGCAGAAGAAUCACCUCGAGCGACACGAGCGCGUUCACACAGGAGAGAAGCCGUACGACUGCUCACAAUGCGGCAAGAGCUUUACAGACACGGGUACUCUCCAACGACACCAGCAGGUUCACACAGUUACAAGUGAGUCCAGCUCUAUUCCGACCACUUUUCCAGCUUUCCUGACCAGUUUAUCCAGCCGUGUUGCAUCCCUCUUCUUAAUGCUGCCUCCCCAGCACACCACACUAUAAAAGAGAGUGCUAGCAACCACAGAUUGAUAAAACAUCUGUAGGAGUGUCCUACCUAUGCUGAAGGACCCCAGCCUUCUCAGGAAAUAAA